GGCCGGACGCCCCCCCAGGCCGCGCACACUCACCUAGGACCCGGCCGGGAUGCCGAGUUCUGACGAAGAUGCACUGGACACCAGAACACGCCCAGCCCCUCAACCAGUGGCCAGAGCAGCACCUGGACGUCUCCUCCACUACCCCAUCGCCGGCCCACAAGUUGGAGAUGCCUCCAGGGGGUCGCCAGCGCUGCCACUAUGCUUGGGCACACGAUGACAUCUCCGCCCUCACUGCCUCCAACCUCCUCAAGCGCUACGCUGAGAAGUACUCCGGAGUCCUGGACUCGCCCUACGAGCGCCCGGGCCUGGCCAGCUACAGUGACACCGCCUUCCUCAACGGUGCCAAAGGGGACCCGGAGCCCUGGCCCGGGCCGGAGCCACCUUACCCGUUGGGCUCGCUCCACGAAGGCCUCCCGGGAGCCAAGUCGGCCGGGGGGGGUGGGUCCGCGGGCCUCGGGGGCUCCCCGGUGGUAGCGGGGAACCUGGCUGAGCCGUUGUAUACAGGCAAUGCUUGCGGGCCCCCGUCGGGGGCCACCGAGUACCCGACGAGCUACGGGGGCGGGUACCUGGCACCCGGCUACUGCGCGCAGACGAGCGCCGCGCUGGCCCCGCCGCCCCCGGCCGCCCCCGCGCCGCCCCGGCCCGCGCCCUACGGCUUCCCCACCGCCGCCGCCGUCGAGGGCGUGUCGCUGAAGCGCAAGGCGGUCGACGAGGGCGCGGAGGCUCGCUACCGCAAGUACGCUUACGAGCCCGCCAAGGCCCCCGCGGCCGACGGCGCCGCCUACCCCGCCGCGGAUGACGCCGAGUGUCGGGGCAACGGGUUCCGCGCCAAGCCAGCCGCAGCUACGGAGGAGGGGACCGGCAAGUACGGCGGCGGCGGCGCUCUCAAGGUCCUGGGGUCCCCCGCCUACGGCCCGCAACUCGAGCCCUUUGACAAGUUUCCCCCUGAGCGGGUCCCGGCCACCCGCGGAGGAUUCACGGCGCCGUCGGGGGAACCUCCCAAGGGUGUGGACCCGGGGACCCUGGAGCUGGUGACCAGCAAGAUGGUAGACUGCGGGCCCCCGGUGCAAUGGGCAGACGUGGCGGGCCAGGGCGCGCUCAAGGCGGCGCUGGAGGAGGAGCUGCUGUGGCCCCUGCUGAGGCCACCCGCCUGUCCCGGCAGCGCGCGCCCGCCGCGGACCGUGCUGCUCUUCGGGCCCCGCGGCUCCGGCAAAGCUCUGCUGGGCCGCUGCCUCGCCACCCAGCUGGGCGCCACGCUGCUGCGCCUGCGCGGGGCCGGCCUGGCCGCCUCGGGCGCCGUCGAGAGCGCGCGCCUCCUGCAGGCUGCCUUUGCGGCUGCGCGCUGCCGCCCGCCCGCGGUGCUGCUCAUCAGCGAGCUGGACGCGCUGCUGCCGGCGCGGGACGACGGGGCCUCUCUGCGGGCGCCUCUGCUGGCCUGCCUGGACGGCGGCUGCGGCGCGCGCCACGAUGGCGUGCUGGUGGUGGGUACCACCUCGCGGCCUGCGGCCUUGGACGAGGCGACUCGCCGACGUUUCGCGCUGCGCUUGUACGUGGCGCUGCCCGACGGCGCGGCGCGCGGGCAGAUCCUGCAGAGGGCGCUGGCUCAGCAGGGCUGUGCGCUGAGCGAGCGGGAGCUGGCCGUCCUGGUGCAGGGCACCCAGGGCUUCUCAGGCGGCGAGCUGGGGCAGCUGUGCCAGCAGGCAGCGGCCGAGGUGGGCCUCUCCGGACUGCAGAGGCCCCUUUCCUACAAAGACGUAGAGGCUGCUCUAGCCAAGGUGGGCCCUCGGGCUUCCCCCAAGGAGCUGGACUCUCUAGUGGAGUGGGACAAAAUGUAUGGCUCCGGACACUGAGGAUGGCCGGGGAGAGGCCACCUUCGCCAGAGGAUGGCCAAAGGAGUGAUGAAUGUGGGGUGAAAGAGGGGAGGGCUCUGCUGGUGAGUUUGUUUGCAUGGGAAGGAAAAUGCUUCUGCCAGGCAGAUCGAUGCCAUAUGCACCAGUGUACUCAGGUUUCUCCUAUUUAUUGUGGACGGGAAGUUCGCCAUAUCCGCUGGGCACACACGACAUGAGCUGGCACCAGUGCCUAGGGAGCUCCUGUCUUCUCUCCGUAAUCCUUUUGUCUCCUUAUCCUCUGAGCGCCACCCUUCUUUUCCCAUCCUACCUUUUCUAUUUAGGCUUAGUUUCUUCUCGAGGCUUUGUCAUUGACCCCUCCCCAUACUAUCCCUGUACCCUUUUGGCUCCUCCCUCUGGUCCCCUCCUCAUGUACCACCCUCCAAGCUUUUUCUGUGUGGCUCCUCCGUGUCUCCUCCCUCCUCCUCAUUCUCUCUGCAGGGUCUUGGCAGAAGUUCUUUUGGCCCAGAGGCUGAGAAGGGGGGGGUAGGGAGCCCCACAACCCCUCAGUAUAUUACCCACUAGAAAUCUUGGCUCUUAGGGGUGGGAACAAGGGGAAAAACACCCAAAGAAGGGUUUUUUUUGUUGUUGUUGUUGUUCAUUUUUGAGGGGAAGUCCCAGAAAUUUAGAUUGCUUAAUAUUUUAGGCCUCUUAUUUUUGUAAGAUGUGUAGGAUUUGCUGUUUUUCGUUUUAUUUUGACAACUCAGGAAGAAACUGACCUUAGAACGAAUGUUAGACUUCUGCUCUCCUGUUACCCUAGGCCCCACCGCAGGGGAGCAGAUUCUCCCAGACCAGAGAGACUGGGCUGAUGAGGAAGACCAGACAUGAGUCCCAAACUGCUGCUGUUGGGGCAGAAACAGAAUGUAACUAAAGGCUUCCUCCCCAGGCCCAGCUUACAAGGGAGAGAUGAGCGGGAGCAGGGCCCUCCAGGGAGACUUGCUGCUUCCUUCUGGCCAGUCUCCUGUGGGCCCCAGUCCUCAGCUUCAGGUUCUCUGGGAAACUUACAGAGGGUUGGGGUACUCUGGCUCAUGUCCUGCCUCAGGUGACCCAGUGGAAUGUUCUCAGGUUACCUCACUGGACACCUGCUUAGUCAGAGGCUCCCUAUACCAGGCUAAGGGAUUCCCCCCAGAAUGAAGAUGGUCUAGCCAGAAGUCUGGCUGGCACAAUAUUGACUACUAGGAGCCAGGCCUCCUGUUUCUCUGGGACCUAUCAGGAGGGAGAGCACGGCUCUGGAGACAGUUCUGUGGGGAAUGUAUUUCCUUGCUCUCCCAGACUGGGGCCUGGAGAGGAUGACAUGACAGAGGAAAUAGAGCCCUUCUCUUCAAACCCUCUUCCUCCUGCUUGCUCCCACAAUGGGACUUCAGCUGUUCAGCUCCUCAGACCAUUUCACAAUCUUUGGUGCAAAGAAGAAACAUUCCCCAUCUGUGUCCCACCCCAGCCCCCCUGCUUGUCCCUACAGUUCCUCGUCCUCCUCACUUUCUGGGUGCCGAGGAUGGCAUGAGAGACAUGGCAGGGGCCAGGUACCGAGGGCAAGCGCUAGCCUUGAGUGUGAACGGGAGAGCUGCCGUGCAAGCGCUAGCCUUGAGUGUGAACGGGAGUGCUGCCGUGCAAGCGCUAGCCUUGAGUGUGAAUGGGAGAGCUGCUGUGUUCCCUUCGUUCUUGUUUCCUCCGAGCCUCUCUCUGGAGCCAGAGGCCACAGAGCGCUGCUGCCAAAAGAUCCUUGGUAGGAACAUGGGA